CUCAGCAUCCUGCCUGUGUUAUAAAUGACCUCGGAAAUUCAAGAUGGCUGCCUCCUGAGAAAAACGUCAGUCCAUGACAGAGGUGGUUUGGAACAGAUGGACUCAAUGGAUGAAGCAGAUGAAUACCAAGAUAGAAGUCAUGUUGGAAUGGAUUCAUCACAGAAUACGGAGAGAAAUCUGCAGUACAGCUGGGCUGCCCUGUGGAAUAUUUUGACGAUCGGAGGAAGCAUUUGCCUACUUGCUCUCUCACAGAUCUUGGACCUCACAACCCUGCAGAAUGGCUUUUGGAAAAUAGAGAUAUCCGGUUUUGUGCUGGUGGUGAUCUUCUUCGUACUGGUCCUUAUUGGAACGAUUAUAUGGUAUCUCAGAUCACACAAUCAAACUAUCCUCUCUGAAGACCGGCGUCAGUCAGUGAGUCGACAACCAUCCUUCACCUAUUCGGAGUGGACAGAUGACAAAACUGAGGAUUUCUUGGACCUUGAACUUGUUCCGGACACUCCAGUUUUUGAUUGCCUGAUGGAUAUACGAGGGGAUACAGACCUAGGAACUUUAUCAGUUAAACCUGUGGGGCUACAGGAAAGGAGAGGUUCCAAUGUCUCUUUAACUUUGGACAUGUGCACGCCUGGUUGUACAGAACCGUAUGGACAUAUAAUGUCUCCUAGGGAACAGUCUGCUCGAGAAUAUCUACAAACCCAAAGUAACGUCUUAACCAUGGAGGAAUUACAUGAGAAAGCGCUGGACUCAUUCAAUCUUCAGAAAGAGUUCUUUGAAAUCCCAAUGAACUUUGUUGAUCCAAAGGAAUAUGAGAUAUUGGGUUUAGUUAGAAAGAACAGAUACAAAACAAUACUUCCAAACCCUCACAGCAGAGUGUGCCUUAUAUCCCCUGGUCAAGAAGAUGAUCCAUUGAGUUCCUAUAUAAAUGCUAACUAUAUACGGGGUUAUAAUGAAGAAGAGAAGGUGUACAUUGCUACUCAGGGACCUACAGUAAAUACUGUAGGUGAUUUCUGGAAGAUGGUUUGGCAGCAGAGAUCUCCUAUCAUAGUUAUGAUUACCAAUAUUGAAGAAGUCAAUGAAAAAUGCACAGAAUAUUGGCCAGAGAAACAAGCAAUCUACGAAGGAAUAGAAGUCAUAAUUAACCGUAUUAUUCAGGCUGAAGCAUAUGUGUUGAGAAGCAUAACCUUAAAGAGCGGUGAAGAAGAAAGACAUUUGAAGCAUUUCUGGUAUACUUCGUGGCCAGACCAGAAGACACCAGACCAGGCACCUCCCCUUUUAAAACUGGUGCAGGAUGUUGAGGAAGCCAUGCAGCAAGCGCAGCCGAAUUACGCCCCUAUCAUCGUACACUGCAGUGCGGGAAUUGGAAGAACUGGCUGCUUUAUUGCCACCAGUAUACUCUGUAAGCAGCUGAAACAUGAAGGGGCAGUGGACGUUCUGAAAACAACGUGCCAGCUGAGAUUGGACAGGGGAGGAAUGAUUCAAACAAGCGAGCAAUAUCAAUUUGUUCACCAUGUGCUGAGUUUGUACGUUAAGCAACAUUCUCAUACAUUUGAAGAAUAAAACCUGUUUGAUUAUUUUAUUUAUUGAACCAUCUUCUUUACCAAGAUUGUAAUUCAUAAUCCUUUUGAAGAAAAGCGCCGGUAACAAAACAGACUUCAGUGGGGUUUUUUGUUUGUUUUUUCAUUCUAUCGAUUAAGGGCAAAGCAAAAGAAGUUUCUAGCUUUACAGCUAUUUACAUGAGUAUUUAAGGACUGAGACACACCUUUAUAUUCAGCUAAUAUGAAUGGGACAUUGCACACCAAAAAAACAAGGUUUAUAUUGUAAAUACAAUUCGAUUUGUUUGUAAACACAAAAUACAUUCUUGUGUUUUAAUUUGUUACUUUUUGGGGCGGGAUAUUAAUAAGUUGCUUUUGAUUGCAGUCAGGGUUUCCGAUGUCAUGUGGAAUUCUGUAAUGUGUUAUUUAUGCUAAUAAGUAAUUUUUUGAACUGUUUAUACAUUUUUAACUACCGAAAACUGUGUUUCAUAUCUCACUAAUACAUCAAACCUCUGUAUUAAAUUGUUCAAGUUUAAUCAUA